AUGCCGAGAUGGUGGGAAAUUAAGGUUUCUGAUUUCAAAGUUGUCAUCAAUUUAAACACUUUUGGAGUGAUCAGAAAGGGUUGUCCUUUCUUAUCAAACUCUCACGAAAUUUCACGGGUCCAUUCGAUUGUUACACGACAUUGGCGUAAUCAUCCUUCUUAUGUUUCUUCCUUUGAUAAAAGUUGA